AUGUUGCCUCAUUUCCUGGGAGGGGAGAGGGUGCGACCAAGCCCUGGCUCCAGCUCUAGCGGGUGUCUGCCCACCAUGGCCCUGGUGCUGAUCCUCCAGCUGCUGACCCUCUGGCCUCUGUGUCACACAGACAUCACUCCGUCUGUCCCCCCAGCUUCAUACCACCCUAAGCCAUGGCUAGGAGCUCAGCCGGCUACAGUUGUGACCCCUGGGGUCAACGUGACCUUGAGAUGCCGGGCACCCCAACCCGCUUGGAGAUUUGGACUUUUCAAGCCUGGAGAGAUCGCUCCCCUUCUCUUCCGGGAUGUGUCCUCCGAGCUGGCAGAAUUCUUUCUGGAGGAGGUGACUCCAGCCCAAGGGGGAAGUUACCGCUGCUGCUACCGAAGGCCAGACUGGGGGCCGGGUGUCUGGUCCCAGCCCAGCGAUGCCCUAGAGCUGCUGGUGACAGAGGAGCUGCCGCGGCCGUCGCUGGUGGCGCUGCCCGGGCCGGUGGUGGCUCCUGGCGCCAACGUGAGCCUGCGCUGCGCGGGCCGCCUGCGGAACAUGAGCUUCGCGCUGUACCGCGAGGGCGUGGCGGCCCCGCUGCAGUACCGCCACUCCGCACAGCCCUGGGCCGACUUCACGCUGCUGGGCGCCCGCGCCCCAGGCACCUACAGCUGCUACUAUCACACGCCCUCCGCGCCCUACGUGCUGUCGCAGCGCAGCGAGGUGCUGGUCAUCAGCUGGGAAGACUCUGGCUCCUCCGACUACACCCGGGGGAACCUAGUCCGCCUGGGGCUGGCCGGGCUGGUCCUCAUCUCCCUGGGCGCGCUGGUCACUUUUGACUGGCGCAGUCAGAACCGCGCUCCUGCUGGUAUCCGCCCCUGAGCCCCAGGAGUACUGCAGCCCGAGACUUCCAACCUGAGUGGCGGAGAAGCUGGGACCCUGGGCUGGACUGUCCUUUCCCACAGCCCCGCAGUCCUGCUGGCUGAGCCCCGCAGAACGGUCCUUAGAACCCCCUGUGCCCUGUGCUGUAGCUUCUUUCCAGGCCUUUCCCAAGGAGUAGCUGAGAGGAAGACGCGAUCAGUGGUUAAGACUUCCAAGCCAGAAGACAGAGGGUUCGAAUCCCAGCACUGCCGUCUACUCACUGUAGUAGUAGCAGCUACAGAAAGGUAGUAGUGAGACGUGAAGCCAGCUGGACUUCCUGGGUUGAAUGGGGACCUGGAGAACUUUUCUGUCUUACAAGAGGAUUGUAAAAUGGACCAAUCAGCACUCUGUAAAAUGGACCAAUCAGCACUCUGUAAGAUGGACCAAUCAGUGCUCUGUAAAAUGGACCAAUCAGCAGGACAUAGGCGGGGACAAUAAGGGAAUAAACGCUGGCCAGCGCGGCACCCCACCAGAGUCCGCUUCCACGCUGUGGGAGCUGUGUUCUCUUGCUCUACACAAUAAAUCUUGCUGCUGCUAA